AUGGAUGCCGCAACUGGACCUUCGAGCCUCCCCACUCCGCCACCCCAAUUGAACCUUCAGAAAAUCAAACAAAAUCUCCUGAGAAAUGGCAUCCAACCAACCCCAAGAAUCCUCCACAAUCUCCGUAAAAAAGAGCUUCAAAAAUCCAACCGCCGUCUCGCCAAACAAACCUCCAAACAGCCGCCACCCCUCACAGAUUCUCAAAAACUGGCAAUUUCAGAAGAUUCCCAUUUUCAAACCAUAAAGUGUGAAUAUAAAAGAUUCACCAAAGCUAUAAAAAAUAUCAAAGUUGGGGACAAGAAAAUGGUGGGGAGGCCUUGGGAGAGUCUGGAGAGGCUUCAAUUGAGAGAGCUUGCAAGUGAGAACACGGAAUAUAGUGGAGAGAAGUUGAGGCCUGAACAUUUGAGAGACCUGAGUGAUAUAAUUGAGAAGGAUAGGGAUAAAUUUUCUUGGCUCUUGGAUAACGAUAUUGAAUUUGCAGAAGAAAGAUUUGAGAACGAGCAGAAGUGGGUCCCACCGAAGCGGAGAGGCGAAGCUGAAACUAUUAAGUUUCUUGUGGAUAGAUUAAGUGUAACAGAGCUGAGUGUGAGGGAUUGGAAGUUUUCGAGGAUGAUGAGACAAUCUGAACUGCAGUUUACUGAAGGGCAAAUGUUAAAGAUUGUAGCAGGGCUUGGGAGUAGAGGGCAAUGGAGGCAUGCUCUGUCUGUUGUGGAGUGGGUGUACAGUUCAAAGGAACACCGAUGCUACAAGAGCAGGUUUGUAUACACAAAACUGUUGGCAAUACUUGGGAAAGCAAGGAAGCCUAGUGAAGCUCUUCAAGUAUUCAAUUUGAUGCGAGAAGAUGCACACAUAUAUCCUGAUAUGGCUGCAUAUCAUAGUUUGGCUGUCACACUGGGCCAAGCUGGUUUUCUGAAGGAGUUGGUGAAUGUUAUUGAAUCCAUGAAGGAAAAACCAAAGAAGAUAAAAAAUGUGAAAUACAAGAAUUGGGAUCCUGUCCUUCAACCGGAUGUUGUUGUAUUUAAUGCUGUUCUAAAUGCAUGUGUUCCUACCUGUCAAUGGAAAGGAGUGACUUGGGUUUUUGAACAGUUGAGAAAGAAUGGUCUUAGACCUAAUGGAGCAACAUAUGGGCUUGCAAUGGAGGUAAUGCUGCAAUCUGGAAAGUAUGACCUUGUCCAUGAAUUUUACGGGAAAAUGAAAAGAAGUGGGGAAGCUCUUAAAGCCAUAACAUACAGAGUUCUUGUCAAAGCCUUCUGGGAAGAAGGUGAAGUCGAUGAAGCUGUUAGAGCAGUCAGGGAUAUGGAACGAAGGGGAGUAGUUGGAACAGCAAGUGUAUACUAUGAGCUCGCUUGCUGCCUUUGCUACUAUGGGAGGUGGCAAGAAGCUAUUUUGGAGAUUGAGAAGCUUAGAAAGCUUCGUCAGACAAGACCUUUGGUGGUAACCUUCACUGGCAUGAUAUUAUCUUCCAUGAACGGUGGGCAUGUUCGUGAUUGUGUAUCCAUAUUUGAGCACUGCAGAACCCUUGAGGCUCCAGACAUUGGUAUCAUAAAUGCCAUGCUGAAAGUUUAUGGUCAGAAUGACAUGUUUCUUAAAGCUAAAGAAUUAUUUGAAGAGACCAAGAAACAUGAUUCAGGUUCUGAAAUUAACGAAAAUGGUCAUCAUUCGUCCCCAAAGCCAGAUGCAUAUACUUUCAGUUCAAUGCUUGAGGCUUCUGCUAGCGCGCUUCAGUGGGAGUACUUUGAAAGUUUGUACAAGAAAAUGAUCCUUUCCGGUUAUCAACUUUUCAGUAGUAAACAUGCUACUCUAUUAGUGGAAGCAUCCCGAGCAGGAAAGUGGCAUUUACUGGAACAUGCUUUUGACGUGAUUUUAGAAGCUGGUGAAAUACCUCCGUUGUCAUUCUUCAUGGAAAUGGUCUGUCAAGCCACUGCUCAACAGGACUACGAAAGAGCUGUCAGAAUUAUCAACACAACGGCUUAUGCACCAUAUAUAGUUGAAGAACAACAAUGGAUUGAGUUCUUUGAGAUAAACGAAGACAAAAUUACUCGGGAUAAUUUGAAAGAAUUAUUGGACACGCUUAUGAGUCGUGAUUUAGUUAAAGAAUCGACUGUCUUAAAUUUGUCAAGAGCAUUGCAAGUUCUCUGUGGAUCAUGUGAUGCAAAAGAGUCAUCGAUAGCUUCUGGUUUCAACACCAGUAGGAUUCUUCCAGUGGUUGAAGAUGACGCUGUAAGCAUGGCAUGCAGUGAUCACACUAGUAAUGACACAGUACGUCAAGAGAUGGUGCCUGGGUCUUUUGACGUCAGUCGGGAAAGAGAUGAGGCGGCUAGACUGACCGGACUCCUUAAAAACUUCGACUGUGAUUUGGGAUCUAGUACUACAGUAUCUUUUAAUGUUCAAAGAGAGGUUGAUGAUGACGAAUAUGGAUUCUCAGAUAGUGAGUUUGAUACGUUGGAUUUCAAUCCUGAUAUUUCAUCUGAUGAAAGCGAUGAUUUACAAGAUGAAGGCGUCCCUUCUGCCCAUGAAAUACUGGAGACUUGGAAGGAAAUGAAAAAGAGAAAUGUAUCUUUAUAA